AUGGAGGACGACAUGUGUGAGGCCUCCGUCAUCCUGGGUAGGCUGGGCCACGUGAAUGAGCGCCAUGGUGAAGCCAUGAGCCUAAUGGUAAAGUCGCUUGUGGACGCCGGGUCGCGGGACGCUAUAAAAUCGGCGACGUCGAAGGUUCGCAGCGAGUACGAGUCCCUCAAACAAAAACUGGAGGAGCUUUACCAGCAGUCUAUCCAGGACCUUCAAGCCCACAGGUCAAUCAUGGAGGGGCCAACAAUCGCCCGCAUAGAGCUGGUGACUGGGCAGAAGGGCGCAGUCGGGCACGCCGAGGACGAGCUCAAGGAGGUGAUGGCCAAGACCGAUCAGGAAGUCCUGCGCAGAGAACUACCGGACGUGAUGCGACGCGCCAAUAAGACCCUCAAGGCAAGCAUUAAGCUCAUCGGGCUCCGUUUACCGAAGGCAAAGGAGCAAGCGGCCGCAAAAGCGAGAGGGUCGCAGGCGGGCGAGGUGGCGGCGGCUGCGGCGGCGGGUCAGGGCGGACCGGGAUGCUGCAGGGCGGCGUCGGCAUGGGACGAUGAACAGUCGGACAGAGGAAGGGGCCCCGCAGACACAGCCCUUGGUGCCCCGGAGGCAUGCAGCCACUGCGCCUGCGCGUGUCGGGCGGACGAAGUGUGGGCGGCGUACAGGACACUACGGAAGCGGUACCAAGCACUAAAGAGCCAAGCCGACAAGGAGGAACUCCGUGUUAACGCCGAGGAGCAGUGCAGGGAGAUGCAGUCCGAACUCGGCCGACAGAGAGUCAAGAUGGAGGCAGAGUUCGACGAAAAGAAGAGCAAGAUGGAUGAAGACCUCGUCAAGAUAGUCAGCGAGAUUCACGCCGAGUUGUACGGGAACAGGGGCGACAGGGGACCGGCGGCGGCGGCGGAGCGGGGCGAUAAGGAGGCGGAGGCAGGGACGGAUGGGCUCGGGAUAACGCAGGUGGAUCUGCAAUCUCUGCGGGAUGUCGUGCAAGCGUCGUUCAAAGAGUCACAAGCUGUCAAGGAAGAGUCGGCCGCGCUUCGCGAGAAAGUGGCCAUCGGGGAGGAGUGCUUGUAUGACGCUCUGCAGGAGGCGCUGAGUCUGAGAGAGGAAAUUGCGAGGAGGAAGCAGCACGGCGAGGUUCUCUUCGCCAGGAUCCGCUUUCUGCAGGGGCAGGCAUCGGCGCACGUCAAGAACUCGGCAAAGACGCGGGAAGGGGACCCUCGAUCCCCCGCGGACUCCACCGGCGACAGCGACUCCCACUCCGAGCCCAUCUCUCCCCCGAGAAACACGGGUUCCCGUCGUCGACGCGCCUCUGAUACCCACCGCCGCCGCCAACAAGAACCUCCUCCCCACGUGGACACCGACAUGGACACCGACAGCGACGAAUCCGAUGGCUCUACCGUGCACCACUACAUGCGGCCAGCGCCGUUUACCCGCCGGUUUUCCAGCAACAGUUACGAUGAGGACGGGUACCAGUCCCCCCCGCCGCUCGAGAGAGCGCGCAUCCGUCCCGGCGGGGCCCCCGGGAGGCACCCCCCGUCGCAGGGGACGCGUCCCGGCGGUGCCCUCGGGAGGUACGCCCCGCCGCAGGCGACGCAAGAGGCGGGCUGGGGGGGAGGGGGGUACAGGUCGACGCACCUGGAGAGGGAGCACGAGGACCUCACGCACGAGGUCUACGAGCUGAGCGCGCGGCUGGCUUCCUCCAGGACGACGACGACCACUUCUUCUAGCACCGCCGCCGCCGCCGCCGCCGCCGCCGCCGCCGGUCUGGGCCCCUCCGACUUCGAGAGGCGGCAAAUGGACGGAGGAGCGUCCUUCGGCGCCUCGGCGGCGGCCUCGGAUGGUUCUGCUGGCCGUUGGCCCAGGAGGAGGAGCCAGCCGGAGGCAUCGGUGACGGUCAGGGCGGUCGACAGGGUAGCGAGGACGACGGCGACUUGGCGGGCAUCCCGUGGCGGCGCUCACGUUAGCGGCAGCAGUAGCGACCAUGACGGCGGUUAUUGGGGCCCCGUACCCCGGAGCAGGGCCCGGGCGCAUCCACGGCGCCCCCUCGUCGCUUCUGGUAGCCAGGCCCGUUCGUCUAGCUUCUCGGGGGCUUCCGCGUACGAGACGGAUGGUGGCUGCUACUCUCCCAGCGGUGGUUCAUGGCAGUUGGUGGGUCCGCCGAAGCGGCACUCGCGAGCGGCGGACGAGCUCCCCGGUCACCGCCGCCAGCAAAGGCGCCGGCGAGAACCGGAAGGGGUUUCCUCGUCCUUCGAGGGCCGCUCCAUGGUCUUCCUCCUUGCCACGGACCGGGUGGCGGAGAAUAAAAUAUCGGUGACUGCCGGAUGAGCGAGCAGGCUUGCUGUACCCCCGAAGCAGUGCUGGUAGUCUUUCUCCCUCUUGUUGUUGUUUUUCGCCUUGCGGCGGACCGGGUGCAUGAGACACGCUCGUUCGUUCCACUCCGAUCGCUAUCACGUCUCACGCCUGUUUCGGCCUGCAGGACACAGCAUUGUCCCCUGGUGUGGGCGGAGUUUGUGGUUUUCUUAAUCAGGGUAACAGUCCUCGCGCAAAAUUCAGGGCGAUAGGGAUGGGAACUCACAAUUUUGGAGUGGCGAACGAAAAAUCGGAUCGCUUCCUCAACCUUAACCUUCAAAUUGGUUGGAAACUGCGCUCGGCCGCUGGGGAAAGCAGAUAUGUUAUGCGCCGCGCGACGUUUUGGCGGGGCUUCGCCUAGGGUCAUCAGUGCACACUUGCCGUGCCGCUGUAGGUUUGGGUUGGCAGGAAUAGUAUAUGGCAAUGGCAGGAUACCGCUGUCCGUGUUACGUACCAGAUAUGACUGCUUGGGGUUGUGUUGACCAACUCUUCAUUGCCGAGAUGAAUAUGUAUGUGUUUCUUCUGAGUGUGUGUGUGUCGUCUUGAUGUAUGCCUACCUCGUGCUCUUUCAGGCGAUAUAAGUAGUUUAUGCACGCCGUCUAUGCAGUUGGAUUCACUCGAUUCUGCAGCGGAUUCCAUGUUUAUAGUAUGACGAAGGCCGGCUCCUGUGAGCAGGAUAGUGUUGCAGUGUGCGUCGGUACCCAUGUGCUC